AUGAAGAAAAAGAAGAGAGAAACGAAACGGCGUAACAUCGUUGCCGCCAUGCUCCACUGGAUUUUGUUUACGCGUCACUACUUGCUUCGGUUUCCGUUACUCUCCGCUAUCUUCGGUUUUCUCAUCGUUUUCUUUGCCGCCUUCGCUUUCCUCUCUCCUCUUCCUCCUAUUAUUAACCAGCACCACCACUCCUUACAAUUAAAAAAUGGAGCUAAAGUAGACGAGUCAACGUCGUUACGUACAGAGACGUCGCCGUUUCGUGUUCCGAGAAGUGGAGGGCGAUUAGGGCGUCAUUUAUGGAGCUCAAGGUUAUCGAAGUUUUUCUAUGGCUGCAGUAACGCCAGCGAUAGCUUUCAAACUGCGGAUUUGAAAACGAAAAGUAAUCAGUACUUGUUGAUUGCUACCAGUGGAGGGUUAAAUCAACAGAGAACGGGGAUAACAGAUGGUGUUGUUGCAGCUUAUAUUUUGAAUGCUACUCUUGUUGUUCCUAAGUUGGAUCAGAAGUCCUUCUGGAAUGAUAGUAGUGAUUUUGCUGAAAUAUUUGAUGUUGACUGGUUCAUUUCAUUCCUAUCAAAAGAUGUUACUAUCAUCAAACAGCUCCCCACAAAGGGUGGGAAAGUUUUGACCCCAUAUAGAACGCGUGUUCCCAGGAAGUGUACUCCAACAUGCUAUAUGAAUAAAGUUUUACCGGUUCUUAAUAAGAAGCAUGUUGUUCAGCUCGGAAAGUUUGAUUACAGGCUCUCAAAUAAGUUGAGCCCAGAUUUACAGAAGCUCAGAUGUAGAGUCAACUACCAUGCUUUAAAAUUCACAGACUCAAUUCUUGAAAUGGGCAAAAAGCUGGUUCAGAGAAUGAGGAUGAAAAGUGAGCACUUUAUUGCCCUGCACUUGAGGUUUGAACCUGAUAUGCUUGCAUUCUCCGGAUGCUAUUUUGGUGGGGGAGUAAAAGAAAGUAUGGAACUUGGCGAGAUCCGAAGGAGGUGGAAAUCUUUGCACGCAAGCAACCCUGACAAAGAACGAAGGCAAGGAAGAUGCCCUCUCACACCAGAGGAAGUUGGUCUUAUGCUGAGAGCUUUGGGUUUCGGAAGUGAUGUUCACUUAUACGUGGCUUCAGGUGAAGUAUAUGGAGGUGAAGAGACAUUAGCACCACUCAAAGCUCUCUUUCCAAAUUUUCAUUCAAAAGAGACUUUAGUGAGCAAGAGAGAGCUGGCACCAUUUUCAUCAUUUUCUUCUCGAAUGGCUGCACUGGAUUUCAUUGUUUGUGAUGAAAGUGACGUUUUUUCUACCAACAACAAUGGAAACAUGGCCAAGAUAUUAGCUGGUCGAAGGAGAUACUUUGGGCACAAACCAACAAUUCGUCCAAAUGCUAAAAAACUCUAUAAAUUGUUCAUGAGCCGGCAUAACAAAACAUGGGAAGAAUUUGCGUCCAGGGUUCGAACUCAUCAAAUUGGUUUCAUGGGAGAGCCAAAUGAGACGAAGCCUGGCAGAGGUGAGUUCCAUGAAAAUCCUUCAUCAUGCAUAUGUGAGGAUUCUGUAUCUAAGGCUGGGGCAGGUCUGAGUCCGACUCCUCAGAAUCUAACGCUCGAGGGUUAUAAAAAUGGUAGAGAGAAUAUCAAGAGGAAUGAGACUAGUGAUGUGACUGAUGAGCACUCAAUAGAGGACGAGCAUGAUCAGGACGCGAGUGACAUGGAUUAUGUGGACAAUGGAUCUGCGGUUCAAGGUAAAGGCCAGCCUGGUGAAAUGCUUCUGGAGGAAUUCUUUUCUGACUGA